AUUUGACUCCUCGGUUCUCGGCACGAUGUCAAACGUCAGUAAAGAGCAUUAUUCUAUAGGAGCAGGCUGUGUGUCAUUCAUUUUGGGCUUCUGAGAGGGACCGUUUGUUUCUCGUCGCGGGGGAUGAAAUGACAAACCUAUUAAGGGCUUCGCUUGUGUUUGCUUAGACUUUCUUUCCACGUUCCUUUAAAUCUGUCAAAGACGGAUUUAAAACUUCAGGAUUCGCUACAAAGCCGGCGGAAAUAUAUCUUUCAAUCAAAAUAAGACCAAUCGAAAGGAGAUGAUGAUGUCUUUCCCGUUCCUUUACGCGCUGUGCAUGUGGAUGAGUUUAGUGUGUCCUUCGUUGGGAACAGGGUUUGUGUAUCGCUUUCCCGGCAUCACUGUGCAGCGGCAGCGGAUCAAAUCGGAGCAGAGCGGCAACUCGGGACCACCAGGCACCAGGUCAAGCAACCAACUCAGGAACUGGUGUCAGUACACUGUUUCCAAAACAGUCUCCUGUCAGGUGCACAAUGGGACAGAAACCUCAGUGCAGAGAGUUUUUCAGGGAUGCCGAUGGCCCGGACCCUGCUCCAAAGUCAUCAGCUACAGGACCCUGAUCCGGCCGUCCUUCAAGGUGGCCUACAAGCAGGUCACUGCACUGGAGUGGAGAUGCUGCCCGGGGUUUGUGGGAACAGAGUGUCGUGAGGAAUGUCUGAACUGUACCAGCUUCUCUGACAUGAACAGCAGAAUAAACGCCAUUGAAUCGAAGAUCAAGCUUUUAGAAGAGGGACGUUCAUCCUUGUUGAAAGUCAACAAUUUACCAGAGGGCUCGACAGACAAUGAGGUGGAUGCACCCCAACCCACUCCUAUUGCACCACCGUCACACCUGCCACAAGGAAAUCGAGGGCCUCCUGGACCAAUCGGACUGCCAGGUUCUGCUGGACCUCCUGGUCCUGUUGGAAGAGCAGGCCUACCUGGACCCACAGGACCAAAGGGUGGCAGAGGUCUACCAGGUGAAGCUGGUCUCCCCGGCCCUCCUGGUCCACCGGGUGCUCCGGGGCCGAGCUCCUUUCCCGUCAGAGAGCGGGGUGACGUUUUUCAUGUGGACAAUCAAGAGGAGUUCCACGUCAGUCCAGCUCUCACUCCUCCUGAGAUUGUUGCCGGACCUCCUGGUCCAGCUGGUCCUGUCGGCCCCUCAGGACCUCCAGGACUGCAAGGACUGCAAGGACCUGCAGGGAUAUCAGGCCGCCCUGGACAAGAUGGUAAAGAUGGCCCCCAAGGCAAGUCUGGCAAUCCCGGGUCUAAAGGAGAUCCAGGGGAAAAGGGAUCUCCAGGUGUGACAGGCCAGCAGGGUCUACCUGGAGCACCAGGGCCAAAAGGAGAGCCUGGAGAAGGCUUGAAUGAGGGCGAGGCCGUGCAGCAGCUCAGGGAGGCCCUGAAAAUACUGGCUGAGAGGGUCCUGAUCCUGGAGCACAUGAUCGGCAUUCAUGAUAACUCUGAAGGAUCUGGAUUUGGAAGCAUAUCGGACCCCCUCUCUUUCUCUACUAUAAAGAUCAAGCGCCUUCAGCCUGUUCAGACCCCUCCUCUAUCACCGGCACUGGGGGAGAGACAAAGGCGAACGUCCCUUUGAGAGUGUCGUCUCAUUUUGUAUGUAUUGUGUACAAUAGUAAUGGAAGUUGCAGAUAUUGCUUGACUGGACGUACAAUAUUUGUUUAUUUCAUGUGUCUCGUGCUGAUUUUAUUACAAUCUUUUUGCCUUUUAUUGUUUUGUUUACUAUGAAUGAGUACAGCUGUAAAAACAAGGCUCUUUGCAGGCUUGAGAUGCUGAGCAUUUCAUUCACAUGGACAGGUUUUUGACUCUGUUAAUCCUACAUUACUUUAGCAACCGUACUUGUACUGUACGAUGUUGCAUGAAGAAAUAUAGUCUCGUAAAAUGUCAUGAAGCUUUUGGCAUCUUUCUCAAACCUGUUAACCUGUCAAACAUAUUUCUUCAUUUUUGCUUCUCCCUGUCUCUGUCUGGUUGCUAUGCCUUGUUAAAACUGAGGUAAGACAAGACAAGCUGCCAAGAGUAUCUGCUUAAAAUAAAGUUAGGUGAAAUGAAUAACAUCUGGAGAACACACAUCUGGAUCUCGAAAAAGGAAAAAGAUGCUGAAGCUGUUGAGUUUUGGCCUGGAAGCCACAAACCACUUCGUCCCCAGUGCACCUCCAGCAGACUGGCUGUUUGAGCUCCAGACCUGAAAAGAUUUCAUGGACUUUUACACAAACUGCCUCUGAGAUUUGUUUCCAAACUGAUAUGAUUAUUGUACAAUAAGUCUCAGAGUCUUUUGGCCCCUGAGUAUAAAGCUUGUUACAACUUUUGUUUUCUCCAUCACAAGGUUCAUCUGUAAAGGAAUAGUUUUGAAUAUGUGCUUUUUUUCUUUUUAACAGAGAACUGAAGAGAAUAUUUUUACUACUCACAAGAUCAUAUGCUAAAUAUGUUAGUGCAAAGACUGGCAAUAUGGAGAACGUGCUAUAGGCUAGCUCUGUCCAACGUAUGACACAGAACAAUUAUCAGGACGCUCAUUAUGACAACAAUACUGCGUUAGAGUCAAAUUAUUUACACUCAAAUAUUUACAAAGCAAGGGCGGAAAAGUCUCCUACUGACUGUAUUUCUCUAUUUAGAGAACUUCAACUGCAACACCUCAGACAAGAUAAAAAGAUCUAUACUGACAUGUUAAAGAGACCUUAUUAUAAUAAUAAUUAUUAUAAUUAAUACCAUUUAAUUGGUAUGCUUGUGUAACAUUUUUCAUUCAAUGUUAUUUAAUUGGAGUUAUGCAAUGCAACGAUUUGUCUAGUUCAACCUGAUCACUCCUGUGAGGAGUGUUUAGCAGGAUGUGAAACAGACAUAAAGACUUACCUAGAAAUACAAACAAAGACCAUCGGCAUUUCGAUUGAUCAUUAAGUAGGGCUGGGUGUCAGAAAAGGAGUUUUAACAGCAGGUGGCAGACACAGCCUUCAUACAUUCAGGGUGAGGGUUAAGUUUUGAAUGAUGAAAGAAAAAAGGAUGAGUUUUUUGGGGGGGUCAUAAAAACACUACUUUCACAUGCACAGGAUAAAAAUAAAAAAAGAAAUUAGAUGUAGGUUACCUCUUUGACCACUCAGGUGCCAAGAUCGGACCUCCCCCCACAUCACCACACACACACAAACACCACCACGGCUACUUAGAAUCAAAGACAACAAGACGUGAAUGGAUGCCAAUGUUUAUUUCACGCUUCUGUCACCAUGUGUGAACAAUCUAAAGCCAGACUACCGGGCGGCUUCUUUUUCUCCUUGAUUUAACAUUUCUUAAAUUCAGACUUCACAAAGUCACUGCUCCCACAGAAGAAAUAGUGGCAACCAAACGAAAUCAAACUAAAAUUUAAAACACAUUUUAUAUUUCUAAUUUGUAUUGGAUACAACAAACAAACGUUAUUAGUGAGCCUGAGGGGAGCGAGGUGUGGUAGCUUUUAGCAAAGCGAGGCUAUCUGUUUCACUCAGUUAUCUGUCUUGUGCUAAGCUAAGCUAACCCUCUGCUGGCAGAUGUUCUUACACUUGUAAUAAUAAGCCCAUCUGAUUUUUAACAUGAAAGCAAAUAAGCAUCUUCCCAAGAUAACAAACUAUUUUUUGAACACAAAACACUUGAACUUGUUUGUAUCUUUUUUUCAGGCUCUGGUAACGUUUUAUAUUUUAUUAAGGGCUGAGGCUGACUUCCUUAAAGACUCCUUUUUGUUGUGUAUGUAACAUGUUUCAUUAUCUUUUAUGCCAAACAUUCAACUUUGUUGUUGAAUUUGCGGGACAUAACGCUCAGCAGAUAUAUCUGUGUUGAUAAUUGAAGUCAGAUUAAAGUCUCAACAACAAAGGGA